CGAAUUGGUGCAUCGGAGGCCACACCGAACUGCUCAAGGGAUACCCUUGUCAUGCCAUGAAGUUAGAACUCUAAUUCAUCAAACAGUACUUCUCCCUAAAACAAUAAUGGACAUUUUUCUCUAAUAACCUCCGAAAAAUAUCUCCAUUAUCAGAUCUAACCUUACCCUCGGCUGUAUAAGUAGCUUCUCUCCUCUAUCUGAGUUUCAUCGUCAACAAGCUUUUCUUCGCUUUCGAUCAUAGUAUUUGGCGUUUCUUUUCAUUCUAUGUUCAAGGUAUAGGGAGUUGGGAAGAUAAUUCAAAUUCUAAUCAAUGACGCCUGCACAAGACCCUUUUUAUAUAGUAAAAGAAGAGAUUCAAGAGUCCGUAAGUUUGCAUCCCUGUUUUUUUCUUUCUUGUAUUAUUUUGUUUUUGCAACAUGCUAUGAACUAUUCUUCCAAUCGAAAAAUAUAUAUAGAUGCUGCUGCUGCUGCAGAGUUUGAUUUCUCAUGGGUGUCUGGAGUGUAUGCAUUCAUGGGCCACUAUGGCCCCAUCAAGAAUUUGUCGAUCUUUGACAAAAGCACUCUGGGAUGGCGAAAUGACCAAGGGAAGGACCUUCUUCAGGUGAGAGGUCAGGACCUUGGAGAUGAUCUUAUAGGUAGAGUUGACCAGGUUAAUCAGGCAAUAGUCUUUCAGCUGUUGGGCUCCUUUUAUCUUAGGGACCAAGGGGUGAAAAUAGAUUUUCCUGCCAUCGCAAGGGUCUUUUGCACCAAGGCUGCCUCUUCAGAAGGGUUUGAAGGUGCGCCUUACUUUGAUUAUUUAAGGUAGGUAGAUGAAUUGGACAAGGCGAUUGCAGUGGCAGCUAGGGAUCCAUCCUGGUAUGGCAUUGAUGAAUUUGAGCUUGAAAAGCGACGGAGGUGGACCAGUGGUGCUCGUAAUCAGGUGGCCACAGUGAGGAAAGCUUUGGAAGCUGCUAAAGAGAAGAAUAGUCUCGGUCAAAAUGGGAUGCGGCGGGAGCUUAUGAAGUUACCUAAUGACCAUGGGGCUGGUAGGUCGAGCCAGUAUCCAGACCCACAAGGCAAUGAUGAUUUCAUCUCAUCAGAAUCGGAUCGACAAGUGCUUCUCAUAAAGCAGCAAGAUGAAGAGCUGGAUGAGCUUAGUGCGAGCGUGCAGAAGAUUGGAGGCAUAGGGCUCACCAUACAUGAAGAACUUAUGGGUCAGGAGAAACUUUUAGAUGAUUUGAACUCAGAAAUGGACAGAACAGCAAACAAGCUUGACUUUGUUCAGAAAAAGGUGGCCAUGGUUAUGAAGAAAGCUGGGCUGAAGGGGCAGAUAAUGAUGAUAUUGUUUCUGUUCCUUAUCUUUGUGGUUCUUUUCAUUUUGGUUUUCUUCACAUAAAUCUACAGUUUCCAUUCAAGGGAAAUUUGUAGAAGAAAGACUUAUAGCUGUUGAUGUUGCCUAAUAACAAAGACAAUGCCAAUUUUUUUAUUCCUCGUCAAA